AUGACCAGCUCCAGCGCGAAGCGCGUGUCGUACUUCUACCACCCUGAAGAAGGGCACUUUUACUAUGGUCCGGGUCACCCCAUGAAACCGCACCGCAUGAAAUUAGCGCAUCAUCUGGUGGUGAACUACGACUUGUACCGCAAAAUGGACAUUUUCGAGCCGCACAUUGCAUCUGCUGAGGAGAUCAAGAACUUCCACGCACCGGAUUAUGUUGACUUUCUGCAGCGCAUCAGCCCUAGUAAUCAGAAGAAUCUGGUCUCGGAGCUCCAAAAGUUCAACUUGGGCGAGCUGACGGACUGUCCUGUGUUUGACGGCAUCUUCGACUUUUGCCAAAUUUACUCGGGCGGCACGUUGGACGCAGUGAGUCGCCUGAAUCACGGCCAGUGCGACAUUGCCAUCAACUGGGCGGGCGGACUGCACCACGCGAAAAAGUCCGAGGGAUCGGGCUUUUGCUACGUGAACGACAUUGUGCUGGGCAUCCUGGAGCUGCUCAAGUACCACCCGCGCGUGCUGUACAUCGACAUUGAUGUCCACCACGGCGACGGCGUCGAGGAAGCGUUCUACGUGACGGAUCGGGUCAUGACGGUGUCGUUCCACAAGUACGGGGACUUUUUUCCCGGCACGGGCGACAUUAAGGACAUCGGCACCAAGAAUGGCAAGUACUAUGCUGUCAAUUUCCCGUUGCUGAGCGGCAUGACGGACGAAAGCUACGAGAGCGUGUUCAAACCGGUGAUCCAGAAGGUGAUGGAGACGUUUGCGCCCUCGGCUGUCGUGCUGCAGUGCGGUGCGGACUCACUCACAGGCGACCGACUCGGUUGCUUCAAUGUCACGACUCGGGGUCACGGCGAGUGCGUCAAGUUUGUGAAAAGCUUUGGUCUGCCGAUGCUGGUGCUGGGAGGUGGUGGAUACACGAUCCGCAACGUCGCGAGGGCCUGGGCCUACGAGACGUCCAUCCUGCUGAACGAAGAGGUGUCGAACAACAUUCCGUACAACGAUUACUUUGAGUUCUACGCGCCGAAUUUCAAGCUGCAUCUCGAGCCGGAUCCGGACCUUGAGGAUGCCAACUCGAGGGAGUACCUGGACGAGUGCAAGAUCAAAAUCUUUGAGAAUCUGCGAGCGCUAGCAGGGGUGCCAAGCGUUCAGAUGAGUCAAGCCCCGCCGACGCACAUGAUGCGUGAAGAGGACGAAGAUGCAAUCGAUGCGAACUCGCGCGCAGACAACGACGGAAGACGGCAGCACGAGGCUGAGUUCUAUCGAGAUGACAAGGAUCAGCGAGGAAAGAACGACGAUGAUGAUCAUAGCGCGAGAGGAGAUAACGGUCCUCGUCACGAUACAGAAGCGGACAACACGGCACCAGAUGUCAUCCCGAUGGACAUGGACUAG